AAGAUGUCGUCGUUGGAGCAGAGGCUGUCGAGGAUCGAGGAGAAACUAAAGCAGGAGAAUGAAGAAGCCCGGAGGAAGAUCGACCUCAACAUCGACAUGAGUCCUCAGAGGACACGACCGAGGCCGAUCAUCGUGAUCCAGCUCAGUCCUGCUCCAGCCCCCUCCCAGCGUGCAGCGCUCCAGCUGCCACUGGCCAACGAUGGAGGCAGCCGAUCAUCGUCUUCAGAGAGCUCGCCUCAGCACCACCCCUACCCCAGCCGCCCGCGACACAUGCUCACCCUGCCCACGCCUCCAUACGGCCUGCAGAAGAGCUUAGAGAAUGCAGAGAUCGACCAGAAACUGCAGGAGAUCAUGAAACAGACGGGUUAUCUGAAGAUCGACGGUCAGCGGUAUCCAGCGGAGGUGACAGACCUGAUCAGUGAGGGGGAGAUCGGCAGCGGGACCUGUGGACAGGUCUUCAAAGUGAGAUUCAAGAAGACCGGCCAUGUCAUCGCUGUCAAACAAAUGCGUCGUACAGGAAACAAGGAUGAGAACAAGAGGAUCCUGAUGGACCUGGAUGUGGUGCUGAAGAGUCAUGACUGCCCGUACAUCAUCCAGUGCUACGGCGCCAUAGUUACCAACACGGAUGUAUUCAUCGCCAUGGAGCUGAUGGGAACGUGUGCCGAGAAGCUGAAGAAGAGAAUCCAGGGCCCCAUCCCAGAGCGGAUCCUUGGGAAGAUGACAGUGGCGAUAGUGAAGGCGUUGCUGUACCUGAAAGAGAAACAUGGUGUCAUCCACCGGGACGUGAAACCCUCCAAUAUCCUUCUGGACGCGAAAGGUCAGAUUAAACUGUGCGACUUCGGCAUCAGCGGACGCCUCGUCGACUCCAAGGCCAAGACCCGCAGCGCCGGCUGUGCUGCCUACAUGGCGCCUGAGAGAAUAGACCCUCCAGAUCCCACCAAACCUGACUAUGACAUCCGAGCAGACGUGUGGAGCCUUGGCAUCUCUCUGGUGGAGCUGGCCACGGGACAGUUUCCCUACAAGAACUGCAAGACAGACUUUGAGGUUCUGACCAAAGUGCUGCAGGAAGAUCCUCCUCUGCUGCCUCUCGGCAUGGGCUUCUCCCUCGACUUCCAGUCCUUCGUCAAAGACUGCCUCACAAAGGAUCACAGAAAAAGGCCAAAAUACGACCGGCUGCUGAAACAUAGUUUCAUCCGCCGUUACGAGGUGCUGGACGUGGACGUGGCCGGUUGGUUCCAGGCGGUGAUGGAUCGCACCGAGUCGCCUCGCAGCAGCCAGUGUUACAGCCAUCAGCACCAGCUCCACUCGCUCUUCAGUAGGUAGCCUAGCCUAGCCCAGGCCGCCGUUAGCUUAGCCAGAUGCUAGUCUUUGCCAAGCCCAGACUCAGUCUGUCCUAGUCUAGCCUAGCGUUAGCAGCUAAGCUUAGCGUUCGACCCAGCCCGCCUGUCCAUCUGUCCGCCGGAGAACCUGAAGAGCCCAAGGAGGAGAGAGAGAGGGUCGGAGACUCGGUGGAGCGAUGGACAGAGACAUGGACUGAUGGAUGGAUGGAUGACACAGAUGGUUUGUUAUUAGGUGUGUUGAAUCUGG